AUGCCUCUCGACGGACACAGCUACCUGACAUCGUACGGAUGGUCAGGCAAAGGUGCGGGCCUUCGCACGGGCGCCAUCGACAGGCCCCUUGCUAUCCCCCAAAAACGAAACCUCGCUGGUGUAGGCAAGGACCGUGAUGAGGCAUUCCCCUUCUGGGACCACCUAUAUUCAGCUGCCACAAAAGCUAUCACCAUCAAGAUAGCAGAUGAUGAUGAUGAUGACGACGACGACGACGAUCAAAACGAGGAUUCAUUAAGGUCCACGACACUUCAACUAAAACGAACCACGACAGGCAUCAUCUCGAAUAGAAGACCGUUGUCGGGUACCCCUGCAUCCGGAAUAGCUACCCCAGACUCAGACAUCUACCCACGCAUCUCCGUAAUGACCAUUGCGAAACGCGAGGCUGCAAGAAAAGGCUUAUACUCUCGAUUUUUCCAUGGGCCAACAUUAGCCCCUGAUGAUCCCAGCAAUUUGUCAUCAUCCCCUACACCAUCCCCCCUGCAUUCUGCCGAUUCAACUCCCGAAAGAGAUAUUGCUCCUCAGACUGACGUCCCAAGCAGGAAGCAAAGUACAAAGCGAAAAUUGUCAGAGCUGCUCGAGACUCGAGAGCAACGGAAAGAAAGAAAAAGACUGAAACGAGAGAAAAAAGAGAAGAGAGCAGCAGAAGCUAGGCAAGAAAAGUCCGUACUACAUGGUUUCGAGACGAAGGACGAGCGUAGGGCGCGGAAGGAAGCCAAGAGGGCUAUGAAAAGAUUGGAGGCAAAUUCUCCUGAUAUUGCAGAAUUUGGAAAACCCCCUGCAACUGGGGAUGUGGUCUUUACGAGCUUCGAUCAGCCUCCAUCACAGGGGCAAUGUGAGAUAUCCAUAGAUGCUUCUCCUCAGGUUGACGACCCUGCAGCCGAGGACAACAUAGAUACAAAGAAGAGGAAGAAGAAGAAGAAGAAGAGAGAAAAGAAAGAUCCUUAAUUUAGCAUUUCGUCCACCACUGCAGCUGUAGGUUUAUGC